AUGUCGUCCGCCGCCGCCGCGAACAGUGAAGAGCCACCGUUGAAGAAGCCGUCGACGGAACCGAUCUCGAUUCAUUCACUUCCGGAUGAUUUGUUACUGAGCUGCUUAGCUUGCGUGUCGAGAUUGUAUUACCCAGCUCUCUCCUUAGUCUCCAAGCGUUUUCGCUCACUCCUUGCUCCACUGAAGAUCAACCAGGCCAGAUCCUUCUUAGGCCGCACCGAAGGUUGUCUCUUCGUGUGCUUGCAGUUCCCUGAUGAACCUAACCUUCGCUGGUUCACUCUCAGCUGGAAACCUGGUAAUAAGGAGAAGGAGAAGGAGAAGGAGAAGAAGAAGAAGAAGAAGGAGAAGUCAAGUGGCAAUAUUUUGGUUCCAAUAUACUUCCUCAACUCUCCUCGUAAGGAUUCAGCUUUCGUCGCCGUUGGUCCAAACCUCUACGCCAUCGAAAACGUGAAAGGUAAGAUUCUCUUAUCGAGCGUUGAUGGGGCGGCUUUUGAUCUUAAGGAAAUGAGAGGAGAGUCUAUUGGAUUUAAUAUGCCCUGGAGUUUUUUUCAUGAUUGUAUGGUAGAGGACAUAACCUUAAGUUAUAAGACGUUUAAAGGUGAGUUUGACUGGGAAGGAGUUUGGAGGAAACUAAGGGGUUUCAAGAUACCGAAGUUUGUCGGUUAUAGUAGUGUUAGAUUUGUGGCUUGCGGUGGGAAGAUGAUGGCUUUGUGGGAAAAGUAUGUGCAUGCAAGUGAGCAUGAUGAGAUUUGGUGUGCAGUGGUUGCGCUUGAAAGGCGUAGCGAUGUAGAGCUUUGGGGCAAGGUUGAGUCUUUGGAUGCGGUGCUUAGAGUCCCUGAGGGUUACAAUUUCGGUUAUGCUUUUGAUGCUACUUUCUGA